UGCGGCGGCGGCUCCCGCGCUCCCGGCAACCGGCGGCGCCCGCGGAGCGGCGGACGGGCCCGGGCACGGGGAGCGGGGAGCGGCGGGCCGGGAGCGGCUGCACACCGGCAGGGAGCCGCCGCACACCGGCAGGGAGCCGGGCCCGGGCCCCGGAGGGUCCCCUCGGUGUGGUGGCACCCAUGGCGGGAGCCGUGCGCAUCGGGGACCAGCUCAUUCUGGAAGAGGAGUACAACGAGUCCUACGUUCCCGUGGAGCAGGAAAUCCGGGAUUUCGCGCCCACCAUCGGCAUCGACCCCGACAAGGAGUCCGAGCUGCUGUGGCUGGCCAGGGAGUGCCUGGUGACCCCCCUGCCCCCCGAGUGGAAGGCCUGCCAGGAUAUUGCAGGUGGUGACAUCUAUUUCUUCAACUUUGAGAGUGGCCUGUCCACGUGGGAGCACCCCUGCGAUGAGCACUACAAGCAGCUGGUCAUCAGGGAGAGGGAGAAGCUGCUGGCACGGGGCGGCUUGAAGAGGGAAAAGAAGGAGAAGAAAGAGAAGAAGGACAAGAAGGACAAGAAGGAGAAGAAGGAGAAGAAGAAGGACAAGAAGGAGAAGCAGCUCCUGAAGCAGCUCCCUCCCCCAGGCUCCCAGCUGGCCCCCAUCCAGCCUCCCCCGGGCUCCCUCUCUCCUCUCCGUGGCCUCAGCCCGUGCUCGUCCAUCGCCCUCCGUGGGCCCCCGGAGCUGGGCAGCGUGGUGGACUCCAGCCUGAUGCCCCAGGAAGGAAUGCUGCCCGCGGGGAUCCCAAAGCCCACCGGCCACACCAAGAACCUGCUGGGUUUGCUGUGUGAGGAGAAAAGUUCCCUGAACGUGGCAGUGCCAGAGAAAUGGAGAGAUGAGGAGGAAGAAAGUGAGAAUGAGAGUUUCCCUGGCACCUCGAGGCUGUUGAAGAACGUGUACCUGGAUGUUGAAGCCCUGGCAGGCAGCUUUGACUUUGAGAGGGAAUCCUUAAAAUCGAGGCGUCCUGAAGAAGCGGCAGAGCGUUCCUUGGAUUCUGGUGCUGCGUGCCCCCCGUCUCCAGCCCAGCUGCUCUCCAGAGAGGCUGGCAGCAGCCCGUGUGCCCAGGGCCAGCAGCAGGAGCCUGCUGGGGAUGAGGCAGGGGACAAAGAAGAUGCUGAGGUGGAAGGAGACGCCUCUGCAGCUGAGGAGCUGCCUCUGUCAGAGGGGGAAAGGAGCGCAGCAGGGCUGGACGUGGCCAGCUCUGCCGGGCAGCCCCGAGCCUCCCCCCCGGCUGCAGAAGGGACAGAUCAGCCAGGCAGCCUGGCUGCCACUGCUGACACCCUGUCCUGUGCAGAGAAGGUGCUGCGUGAAGAGAGGGAAGAAGCAGCAGCUGGUUCAGGAUCCGAGGACGGGCUGGAUGAUGGCAAACUGUCAAAGGCAUCCGGGGGCAGCGGCUGCGAGCAGGACUUGCCUGUCUCCAGGGGCUCCGACCAUGAGGUGGCUCGGCCUGUGGGCUUGGAGUCCAAGAGCCAGCUCUGCGAGGAGGUUCUGGGUGUGGGCACUGUGUCUCCUGAGCUGCACGGCCCCGAGUGCAAGGCCCAGGAGCUGGGAGAAGAGGAGAAAGAGCAGAGCAAGGCCAGUGUAGAGGAAGAGCACGGGAAAGGAGCAGAAGCUGCCGAGAGGCAACCUGAGAAGGAAAUGGAGCAGUCCUUGAGCCAGCCUCAUGAUGAGUCCCUGGAGGAAAUAGUCAAGGAGGUGGAGACAGAGCUGGAGCAAGAGGAAAUACAUUUAUUUCAAGCAAAGGAGGAGAAAAUCCAGCAAUUCCAGGAGGAGAUGAGGCAGCAGGAGGAGGAAGCUGAAAAGCUUCAUCAGCAGAAAGAAAAGCCCCUCAGCGCUCCAGAAGAAGAUGUAGCAAACUCCGAGCAGGAAGAGGAAGAGCUGCUGCUCAGAGAGGAAAAAGCCAAGAGACUGGAAGAGCUGCGAGCCCAAAUGGCCUCAGAGGUGGAGGCAGAGGAGCAGAGGAUGAGGGCAGAGCAGGAGGCCACGCUGCAGAAGCUGAGGGAGGAGUGGCAGUGCCAGCAGCUGGCGGAGAAGGAGAGGCUGCAGAGGGAGCAGCAGCUUGCCCUGGAGGAAAUGAAGCUGGCAGCAGAGGAGGCCCGGCAGAAGGAGAUGAGAGAGCUGGAGCAGGAGAAGGAGGAGUUCCUGAGCCAGCUCAGGGGCAGGCUGGACAGGGAGAAGAAGAAGGCAGCAGAGGAGCUGGAAGAGCAGUUUGCCAGUGAGCUGCAGCAGCUGAGGUGUGCGGCGGAGGAGAAGCACCGCGAGGCCAUUUCCAGCCUGCAAGCCCAGCUGGCGGAGGCACAGAGCAGCCAGGAGGCCCAGCUGCGCGAGGAGCUGCAGAGAGCAGAUCAGAAAGUGCAGGAAAAAGCCCUGAAAGUGAAGGAGUACGAGCGGGAGCUCAGCCAGCUGAUGAGCGACAAACGGCGGGAGGUGGAAAAGGAGCACGAGAGGAGAAUGGAGAGGAUGAGAGAGGAGCACAGGGAGGCCCUGGCUCGGAUCCAGGAGCAGUACGAGGAGCAGGAGCGCAGGCAGAGGUCGCAGCUGCAGGAGGGGCUGCGCAGCGAGGCCGCGCGGCUGCGGCAGCUCCACGACGCCGACGUCAAGGGGCUGCAGGCUGAGCUGGAGGGGAGGCUGACGGCCCUGCAGCAGAGGCACAGGGACAAGGAAAGAAAGCUCCAGGACUCGGAGAACGAGCUGGAGAUCCGCAUGAAGAACAUCCAGGCCAGAUCAGAGCAGCUGCUGAGCCAGGAAGCUGCUCUGGCCUCUCAGCUGCGCCUGGAGGAGAGCAGGAAGGAGCACUCCAGCCUGCUGGAGUCCAUGCGGCAGCUGAGGAGGAGCCUGGAGGAGCUGCAGGACCAGAAGGCUGAGCUGGAGGCCCAGGUGGAUUUGCUGCAGAGCCGGAGCCAGAGGCUGCACAAACGCAUCGGAGAGCUGGAGGAAGCAAUCAGGAGCAAGCAGGAGGCUCUGAAAGAACUGGAGGCAGAAGAAAGUGUGGGAUCUCCAAGAAAGAAAGCUGAGCUCUGUGUCGAAGACCUGAGAGAAACUCCUCAAGCUCACACGUCCAGAGAGCCUUCCCCAGCCUGCCAGAGCCCCGAGGAGAGCGACCUGCAGCUCGGCCGGGUGCAGAGCUACCUCUCAGCAGAGGGGCAGUCCCUGCGGAGCGCCAAGGAGUUCCUGCAGCGCCACGGCCGCUCCCUGCGCCAGCGGCGCUCGGCGCUCAGGGCUGCCAGCCUGCAGUGGCACCAGGAGCUGCACAGGGCACAGGGGGCCGGGCAGGAUCCCCACAGCUCCCAGCUGCUGCAGGGAGUGCGCCAGAACCUGGAGGAGGAGGCAAGGGAGCUGGACAAGAUGAAGUCGGCCAUGCAGAAAGGACAGGUGCUGCUGAAGAAGAAGGAGGAGAAGCUCAGCCAGCUGGAGUCCUCGCUGCUGGAGGAGCUCUCAGAUGAGGAUACACUGAAGAGCUCUGCGUGCAAGAAGGUGGUGACGUUUGAUCUGAGCACCUCUGAGGACACAAACAGCACCUCCAGUGUGAAUCUGGGCCAGCCCAGGUCUGACUUGAGGAUGGAUCUCUGGCCCGUCCUGCAGCAGGACAAGAUCCAGCACCUGAGGGACUCUGUGCAGAGCAUCACCAGUGAGCUGAGCGGGGUCCUGGGGCUCCUGGACUCCCUGAGCCAGCACCAGCCCCCUCUCCUCACCUCCACAGCCCGUGAGGCCGUCCCUCUCCCCACCUGCCCCUCCCUGGCAGGCCUGGGCGGGGGCAGCUCCCUGGGGAACCCCCCCAGGGUGUCCCCCCUGGACCAGUGGGCCCGGAGCAGCAGGCCCAGCUCGAGUUAUUCCAUCUCAGGGCAGUCAGUGGACAGCAUGCUGUCAGAGAAAUGGCACAGGUAUUUCCCAGGCAGGUUCUCGUGGCUCGGUGGGACUCCUGUGCCUCUGGACAGCAAGCUGGGCUAUGUCCCUGCAGGUGAACAAAUCAGGCUCUUCCAGCAUUCCAAGUGCAGUGAGCCAGAGACAAGGAGUAUUGAGGGCAUGAUUGAGAGCAACAAGAAAUGGCUGAAAGGCUUCAAGAAGGAUUCCAAAGUAGCUCUCUCCCCACGGGCACAGAAGCCCCCGGGCAGCAGCCCCAGCCUCCUCCAGCUGGGACUGGAUGAGAACAGAGAGAUCAAGGUGUACCACUACUGAAAGAGCUGCCGAGCCGCUCGCCCGUCCGGCUGCCGGGGACGCUGCGCUUCAAGGGAGCCCAUCUGUGAGAAGCCACCUUCAAAGCCUUUCUCCCGAGACAGCUGCUGGGGGAGGCUGUGAAGCUGCUGCCCCACACCCCCGUGCCGUGCGAGCCCUCGGGUGGGUGAGGGUGGGCAGGGGGAGCCCCCUGCUCUGCUCCCCGGGUGCAGCGUGCUGGCACACACCCUGAGCCUGGCACGGGGAUGUUUACAUGCAAAUAGAAAUAUAUUUUUGAUGAACAUAGUUUUUGAACUCCGAAGAAUGUAUUUAUUGUAUUUUUCCUUGCUGUUUUUCUAGAAUUUUUGUAAUUGCUCAAGAAUAGCCUUACUCCUUCCUGGGAGAGGAGGAUCCAGACACGGGUACCCCCUCUGCUGUUGGCUUGCACAAACCCCUUCCUGUGGGGAUUUUGCUUUUAGUUUACUGCACACUCAGAGGACCCAAGGCUGUCCUUCCAGGCAGGGGUUUUAGAGGGGACCCCACAGCUGUGGUUGCUGUGGCCCAAGCCAUAUCACUGAGCCCGUUCUGUGCAGGGAAACGCCAGGUUUUUUAACAAUAACUUGGUUUGAAAUGUGCUCCUUUCUCCUGUUAAAACCCGGGAUAGCAGCUGUAUCUGGUUUUGUAUAAAUUAAAUCAACAUGAGCCUGUUUUGUA